AUGGCGACCCCCAUGGCCCUGAAUAUUUGUAGUCUGCCUUCCGAUCCGCUUUUGCACGUAUUAUCUUACCUCAACUACGAUGACUUAUGCAGGUGUAGUUGUACCUGUAAGAGGCUGAAGGAGUUGGCAGGUGAAGAUGAGCUGUGGAAGAGACAGAGUUCUAUCUGGUGGCUGUCAACAAGUUGUUCGAGUCCUACUUGGAGGAGACACUUCAAGGAACAGUUUAAGAGUCUUGGGAGGUACAUCAAGUCUUACCGAGUCCUGUACAAGACGUGGGCUCAACUUGAGACGUUCCUUUCUGAACGCUGCCCAAGACUUCUUACCUCCAUCAAGGCCGGAGCCACAGAGCGAGAGUUGGAUGAGAUAGAGGUGAAGAUCCGUUACCCGCUGCCGAGAGACGUGAGGUGUUCCUACAGGAUACACAACGGACAGAAACUGGUCGGGCCGGGCCUGAUGGGCUGCAUGUCCAUCUCCAAUCACAUGAGGUCAGAAUACCUGCUGGACCUGCAGACCGCAUCAGACUGCUUCCAGGAGUACUCGGGAAUGUUUGGGUGUCUGCCGCUGACCCUGUGUAUACACACCGGCUGCAGCCAGUUCAUGGCUCUGUCCGAGAGGGAGGGGUACCUCCGGGGACAAGUCUUCUACCCCAGCCAGGAUCAUGUCGUCCUGGGUCCUGCCUCCAUCGAUCAGUUCAUUUCGGGAAACAACUUCACGGACUGGUUCACUACACAUGUGCAGAGGGUGGUGCAGGGUGACUACCCCAUCAUACAGGAGAGAAUAUACAAGUACCUGAGGGACCCAGACUGCAUUGCUGUCACCAAUAACGUCACGGUAACCGUAGGAACGUCGUUCUGUCCAGAACUCAGCACAGUCAACCCUCCACACUACUUCUUCACCUACAGAAUAAGGAUGUCCAUGGACAAGAGUGUUUCACCUGAAGAAGCGUGUCAGUUGGACAGACGGUACUGGCUUAUCACCAACGCUGAUGGGUGGGUGGACCAGGUGGAGGGUCCUGGUGUCGUAGGUGAGUUUCCGAUCAUCCGACCAGGCACGACCUACGAGUGGACAAGCUGCACCACCUUCAACACACCCACAGGCACCAUGAGGGGCUACUUCACCAUGCACUACCUAAAAACAGGUCAGCCUCUGAAGGUGGAGUGUCCGAUAUACCACAUGCGCGCCCUCCCCACCUGCUCAGCUGGAGACAGGAGGCGUGUGUGCCUGAUCCCCAGCCCAGAGGAGGAUGAGGUAAUGCGGGAAGCGACCGUGACGGCGGCACAACUCCGUCUGAACGGGGCCGCCUGGCACACCGUGGUCGACUCGGAUGAGGAGGGAGACCCUCGCAGUGAGGAGGAACGACAGAAUCCUGACUCCUGACUAGCCUGUCUGGUGCAAACGUCACCUGCGGUCUGGGCUUAUGGAGACUGGCACUAGAAAUAGCAAACACAAGCUUAUGUCUGCUCAGACCCUAAGAUGUUACCACGUUUAUGGUGAAUGGCACAAGAAAUAGCAAACAUGACAACUCUCAAAAUUCUGUCUACCCAAACCCUAAGACUACUAAUCUCCAAGCAGAUCCUAG